CCAAACCCCCAGUGCAUUCUGGGAAUUGUGGUUUCUUCCUUAAAGACUAGGGCCGGCCGUGAGGUUAUCGGUGGUCGCCAGGAACCGGCAGCACAUGGCAAGAAAGGGGCGGUGCUUGAUUGGUGCCGGCAAGUGAAACGGGCAGGAGCUGCCCGCUCUGGCGCCUCCUGCCGCGGCGCCUUCCCGAAAUGCCGGAGGAGGCGGGCUUCCCGCCGGCCAAGAGAUUCCGGCCAGGCUCUGGGCCUCCCAGCCGCGCCCGGUCCUACCCUCCCGGGAGGCGAGUGGUGAUGCUGCUGACUGCGGGCGGCGGCGGCGGCGGCGGCGGCGGCGAUAGAGGUGGAGGAGGCCGGCGGCAGCAGCCGCCCCUGGCCCAGCCCUCCGCCAGUCCCUACCGUGAGGCCCUGGAGUUGCAGCGCCGGAGUCUGCCCAUCUUCCAGGCGCGGGGACAGCUGUUGGCCCAGCUCCGAAACCUGGACAGCGCGGUCUUCAUUGGGGAAACUGGCUCUGGGAAGACAACUCAGAUCCCUCAGUACCUCUACGAAGGGGGAAUCAGCCGCCAGGGCAUCAUUGCUGUGACCCAGCCGCGCAGAGUAGCUGCCAUCUCUCUUGCUACUAGAGUGUCAGAUGAGAAGAGAACAGAACUUGGGAAACUGGUUGGCUAUACAGUGCGCUUUGAGGAUGUCACCUCAGAAGACACCAGGAUCAAGUUCCUAACUGAUGGCAUGCUACUGCGUGAAGCAAUUUCAGACUCCCUACUUCGGAAGUAUAGCUGUAUCAUUUUGGAUGAAGCCCAUGAACGGACUAUCCACACAGAUGUGCUCUUUGGAGUGGUGAAAGCUGCUCAGAAAAGGAGAAAGGAACUGGGGAAACUGCCUCUCAAAGUGAUUGUGAUGUCAGCUACAAUGGAUGUGGACCUGUUUUCUCAGUAUUUCAAUGGAGCCCCUGUCCUCUACCUGGAAGGUCGGCAGCAUCCAAUACAGAUUUUUUACACCAAACAGCCUCAGCAUGAUUAUCUACAUGCAGCUCUUGUCUCAGUCUUCCAGAUCCACCAGGAAGCCCCUUCUUCUCAGGACAUCCUAGUGUUUCUCACUGGUCAGGAGGAGAUCGAAGCAAUGAGCAAGACCUGCCGAGACAUUGCAAAACAUCUCCCUGAUGGCUGCCCUGGGAUGCUGGUCCUUCCUCUGUAUGCCUCCUUGCCCUAUGCACAGCAGCUCCGAGUCUUCCAAGGGGCCCCUAAGGGCUAUCGCAAAGUGAUCAUUUCAACCAACAUCGCUGAAACCUCCAUAACCAUUACAGGAAUAAAAUAUGUAGUUGACACGGGCAUGGUAAAAGCAAAGAAGUAUAACCCUGACAGUGGCCUCGAGGUGUUAGCUGUGCAGCGAGUGUCAAAGACCCAGGCCUGGCAGCGCACAGGGAGGGCUGGCAGAGAAGACAGUGGCAUCUGUUACCGGCUAUACACUGAGGACGAGUUUGAGAAGUUUGAGAAGAUGACCAUGCCAGAGAUCCAAAGGUGUAACCUGGCGAGUGUGAUGCUUCAGCUCCUAGCUAUGAAAGUCCCAAAUGUGCUCACCUUUGACUUCAUGUCCAAACCAUCUCCAGAUCACAUUCAGGCGGCCAUUGCCCAACUGGACCUCUUAGGUGCUCUUGAACAUAAGGAUGACCAGCUUACACUGACUCCAAUUGGAAGAAAGAUGGCAGCAUUUCCUUUAGAGCCCAGAUUUGCCAAAACCAUCCUUCUGUCCCCCAAAUUCCACUGUACAGAAGAAAUUCUGACCAUCGUUUCCCUGCUGUCUGUGGAUAGUGUUCUCUACAAUCCUCCUGCCCGGCGGGAUGAAGUGCAGGGUGUCCGGAAGAAGUUCAUAUCCAGCGAGGGGGAUCACAUUACCCUGCUCAAUAUCUAUCGGACCUUCAAAAACAUAGGUGGAAAUAAGGACUGGUGCAAAGAGAAUUUUGUGAACAGCAAGAAUAUGAUGCUAGUAGCUGAAGUCAGAGCACAGCUGAGGGAAAUCUGCCUAAAGAUGUCAAUGCCAGUCAUGUCAUCACGAGGAGACAUGGAGAGCAUCCGCCGCUGCUUGGCUCACAGCCUCUUUAUGAGCACUGCUGAACUCCAGCCUGACGGUACCUAUGCCACCACGGACACCCACCAGCCAGUAGCCAUCCAUCCCUCAUCUGUCCUCUUCCACUGCAAGCCAGCCUGCGUCGUGUACACAGAGCUGCUCUACACUAACAAGUGCUACAUGCGAGACCUCUGCGUCGUGGAUGCUGAGUGGCUGUAUGAGGCUGCACCUGAGUACUUCAGGAGGAAGCUGAGAACCGCCAGAAACUGAGCUGCCCCAGGAUGUGGCACUGUGGCUUUUGCUUGGAGCUUGAACCACAGCUGCCUCCCGGCAGAUUCCCAGGUUGGCACCUAGAGAAGCUGUGAGUUUCAGCACAAAAUGCGCCCAGUUUCUAGGAGCUUGAAAUCAUCUUUGCUGAAACUCCUCAGACUGAACUGUGUGGACAUGUAUAUAUCAUUUCAACCUUCGAUACUUCAGAAUUAUGCUUUUGAUCCUUGCUGGGUGACUUUGGGUAACUUGUGAACCUCAAUUUCCCAUCUGCCAGUUGGAGAUAAUAAUCAUACUAACUUAUAGGAUUAGUGUCAUUAUGUUGAGAGAAAAUGAAUGGAAAAUUACCUAGAGUUUUGCCUGAUGCAAGAGACACAUGUACAGUGAAUUGUGAGCCAUCAUGCAUAAUGUUGCAUAAUGCAUAAUAUUAAUUCACCUGAUGUGAAUUAAGAACAAGACACCCUGAGUUCUUGAGACUGACAGGUCACAGAGCUUAGAUUGUCCUUGAUUCUACUUUUAAUGUCUAUCUGUAUGCAGUUUUAAAAAAGAAACAUAAGAAAUUGACUUCUGUAGAAGUUUCAAGAGGGAGGUGCUGUUGUCUUUUAUCCCCUGAGAUGGCCAUCCCUACUGAGCCUCAUGUCUCAGGGUGCAGACCAGUCUUUGUCUAUCUCCAACCAAAUCAGUGAAGGAGUCUUUUGGCCCUUGGUACAUGUUCCCAUCAGUAAUUUCAGGAGACAUGUAGGUUACCUCGGUGAAAGUUGAUUUGUACCUUCUGAAUCAUGUCAAGUGUAUACACAGGAAACCAAUCUGUUAGUGUAAUAGCCCCCCAACAUACCCAGUUGUCAUUUUUCUCUUUACCUAAGCACCUAUGAAUGUGUGCACAUGAGGGGUAAUUCCAUGCUCCCUUUCAGCCAUUUCUCUGUGGCAGGGCCCCUGAUCAGAGCUGCUAGGGGUAAGAGGGAGGGAAGAGGUGCAUGGUCAGUGAGAACCCAGAGGGCAUCUGCUUCUCCCAUUCACCACAUCUGGCUGUUACAUUCUUGCAUCUUGUUGAUUUUGUAGGUUUUUGUUUUUUUACCUUCUUUAAAAAAAUAAAAAAGGGCUGGGGAUGUGGCUCAGUGGUUAAGCACCUGGGUUCAAUUUCUGUUGCUAGUACCACACCUGGAGGUAUGGGUUAGCGCUUCCUCUAGAAAACUUCAAGUUUUUCCCUUCAAAAUGGAAUUGAGGCUGGGCACAGUGACGCAUCCCUUCCAAGCCGGUGGGAUAACAGGUGUACUCUGCUGUGCCUGACUCCAUUUUCUCUUGGAAAGUUCUCAGAAACGUUCACAUCAAAGGGAAGAAAGACACAUUUGACAAGCAAUAUUCUUUCUGAGCCUAAAUGUUAAAUACUGGAAUUAAUACCAGUUUCUCUUGUUCCAUUGCCUUUUAAAGUUUACUUUUCAUGCAUACAAAGAUAAACAUAUAUAUCCUGGAAAAUCUUUCUCCCUCAUGAUAUUUCUCUUCUCUUUUUUUGGUACCAGCGAUUGAACCCAGGAGCACUAAACUAUUAAACCACAUCCUCAGCCCUUUUUUAUAUUUUAUUUAGAGACAGGAGGUCACUAAGUUGCUUAGAGCCUCUCUAAGUUGCUAAGGCUGGCUUUGAACUCUGAGAGAUCCUCCUACCUCAGCCUCCUGAGUCACUUGGAUUAUGCGCGUGUGCCACCAUGCCUGGCUCCUCAUGAUAUUUCCAAACACUUCCAUAGCACAUACACCGUCUGCCUGCCUCUCUCUUUAACCAUGGAGUUUUCUACUUUAUUCAGGGAUUUUGAAUUUAAUUUUCUGGCUUUCACAUACAUAGACACAAUGCCCAGUGUCCUUGGUGAAUAUUUUGAUGGGAGUACUCUUUGGAUAGUCCUUUGCUUUUUUCUAGAUUGAUAUAGGACUGAGAGCCAUUUGUCCUUUUGCUCUGGAGGACUAAAAGUGACCACAUAGUUCACUGUGGGCCAGCCCAAGACAACAGAUGUUACGGAAUUGAUGCUGCCUUCUUCCGUUUCAUCCAUACAGCUUGCUGUCCACCUAUCAGUUAGUUUUAUUUUGUUUUUUACCUUUUAAGUUAUUAUGAUUGAUUUUUCACUAAAAGAGAUACCACUUCUGCCUCUGCAGGCCCCUUUUGAGUUCUAUCCAUCUAUCAAUCAGCACAGUCCUACUGGUAUUGGGCUGUUUUUGUAGGACUUAUUUGUGAUAAAAGAUGGAUUACUCCUCUUUCUUUCUACUCGUGAUUUCAUUUUCAUAGAAUUUAUCAUGAAUUUGCACCACACAGGAUUUUGCAAUUCCUUUCAUUUCUUGUUGAAAUCCUCCUUUGUGACUUGUUAGCCUCACUUAAUUCCUACCAUGAGGGCACAUUCCAAAUUUCUCUUACUCCUUUGCAUUUCGAUAACACUUGUUUCCAAACAUUUCAUGUAACUUAUUAUAUUAAAUAUUUUCUGUGUCUCCUGAGACAUGUAAGCUUCCAGACAGCAGGAAUCUUUUGUCCAUUUUUGUUCUCUGUUAAAUCCAAAGUACCUAAAGAAGUACCUGGGAACUUUCUAGAAAGCAAGCACUUUCUUGCUGGAUAAUUAAGAAAGGCUUCUGAGAAGCUGUGGCAAAGACUGUCCUCAGACUUCACGGACAAACGGGUUUUCUUCCUGCUGAACAUGUUCUCAAGUCAGACCCUUCCUGGCUCCUCCCUGAGUUCCUGGAACUGGCUGCUCUUUAAAUCAACUGAUGAAAAGAUUAUAAUUGCUCUUUAACUGAUUGGUUGUAUAAGAAUACAACCAUGUCUUCCUUUUGACUGUCAGCAUCACUGUUGUCAGGUAAGGUUCUAUUUUCUGGUUUCCUAGUGUCAUUUUUUUGCUUCAUCCUUCCUGUAUUGAUUAGAAGCUUCACGUAAUUCUUUUGGGACAUUCUUGAUACGACAUUGAAGUUGACCUCAUUCAAUGUAAGGCAGGGAUUGCCAGAAUCAGUUUUAUUAGGAAAUCUUGUUUAAAGGAUCAUCUUUAGAACUUCCAUCAAGGUUUCAGAGGUUUUAGUGACUGCUCUAUUCCUUGGGACUCAAGGUGAGGCUGAACAUCAUGGCAGAAGAAUGUGACAUAGGGAAGUAGCUCACUUGAUGAACAGGAAGCAGAGAGCAAA